AAGUAAUGUAAAUUCACGCUGUAAUUUAUUAAAACUGUGAAGUCCUUUUAAAUGAUGAGUUUGUGGUGUUUGUUGUGAUAUUAGAAACUGAAAGUGUUUUUUGUGUGUGUGACAAACAAAUUCACCUUUCUUUUCUUGCUGUAGUAAAAAACAUAAAUUAAACCCUUUUUCUCAUUUUUGGGACAACAAAACACAGCGGCCCACAGCUUUUAGGGGAAAAGAGAAGCAAACAUACUGUUCAAAUAAGACACAUGAUAUCCACGCACUAGUUGACUUAUCCACAUCUGCAGUCAGCAACACUGUAUUGAACAUUCAAAUUGGGAAAGACAAGAAAACACCUGUUUAAAUAUGACGGGUGUGUCGAUAUUCAUAAGCUACUUGACCAAACUUACUUCGAUCACAGUUAGUAGAUACAUCAACUGCUGUUCAAAAUAGGAAAGACUUGAAAACAUGUCACUCAGAACGUAGAUCUUUGCUGAUCUGUAUGUGGUACUAUACAGCUGCCCACAAAUGGCUAUCCACUGAUACAUAAUUCUCUAAAACGCUUAUAAUUUUAAUACUUCAAGCACCAGAUCUACCUUAUUUUGCUUUAAUACAAACAUUUGAAACAAUCUAUCACUAAUUGUGGGUGAAUUGAUCCAAAAUAUCAGUAAAAUAAAUACUGAUUCGGUAUUUGCAUUGGAUCGAUACUGGUGAAGUAGAGAUUUUAUUUUAAUUUUGUAUUGUAAUUUCUCAACUCCAAAAAGAUUUUGUCUUCAUUCUUUCAAAUGUAUAUAUUUUAUUGCACUUUAUUUAGGAAAAAUUCACAUAUUUGUGUUUCAGUUUACCAUGUUAAGUAAUUUUUAGACACAGGCACAUUUGUCAGAACUGUCACUAAGUUUUAACAAAAUAAUUUGAAGGAAAAAAUAUUAGGGACUUGAUAACAUAUCAAGCAUAAAUCAUUAAACAUCUAUAUCAGCAACACUGGCCUUGUACAGUAUUGGCAUCAGAUGGAUGACAAAAUAUGCAGUUCUUUGGGUUUCAGCUUCCCAUGAUGCAAAUUUUCAGCAAAUUAUUGUUCCACAGAAAAAUCGGCAAAAAGGUGAAUGCAAGAACACACAGGGGUUCUGUAAGUCACUCAACUAGACUUACUUAUUACCACUGCUUAAAAAGGGGAAGACAAUACUUCUCAAAGUUUACCUAUACCAAAAGUAAGACAAAUUAGGGAGGUAAAAGAGAAAUCUGUACAAAAUUGCAAUGUUUAUUUCUAUUAAAAUUUUAUUUUCAACCCUUCAAAAAAUGUCUGAAUCUCCGCAUACUCCAAACAUCUUAAAAACAGAGUUUUAUUGUUCAGUUCAGAUGAGCUCCUCCUGCAUGUGGGAGGGGAAGUCCCUGCUACAGGAGGACUGGCUGGCUGGGAGGAGGAGUUUGUCCCAACAGCUCAAUAAAACUUCACUUCUCACACUGUCAUGUUUGAACCAGUUGGCUGUUUGUGCUGCACUGUUGAUUCAGAGGGAGAUUGAGCCAUACAGCACUGACUUUACUUUACAAGAUUUAUCUUGCUUUAAAUGUGCCACUGAGCUACUUGAUCCUUCUGCCAACCAGGAAGUUGGCCCAGGUGUGGAACCAGUGGAAAACAAGAGGCGCUGCUUUUCUGACGGCAUCAAUAAAACUGUCAGCAUGUUAGAUCAUGGAGGAAGUAAUUUGAUGGCAGGUCAGGUUCUGUCAGCCUCCUUCAAAUUCAGCCCCAACACUGAAGGUUGCAUGAUAUUUGACGCUAAACCACAAGCACCCCUCCAGCAUCUGCAUAGGAAGACCACCGUAAAGGAGCUGCUAAUAAUGAGACGCCAGAAAUGGAAUUCGGAGCAGAAAUGGAACUUGGAGCCUAAAUUGAAGUCUCCCAAAUACGAACCUAUCGCCGCAGACAUGAGUCCUCAAAUGGCAACUUCUCCAACAUCUCUCCACCUGAACUCCACCACCUGCUUCAUCCCAGAUCUCCCAGAGAAUGCCGUCAUGGGGCUGCAGGAAAUGCCUGUGCAGCUUCCUGCUCAGGAACACGAUGUCCCAGCCUCUGGAGUGAAGAUGACUCUGUUUCACUGGCAGAUACAACAAGAGGCCAAGAAGGCUGAAGGCCUGUCUCCAGAGCAGCUCUGCAUGCAGGACUCGGAUGGUGACACAUUCCUUCACAUAGCGGUGGCUCAAGGCAGGCGAGCCCUCUCUUAUGUACUCGCUGCGAAAAUGGCUAGGUAUGGCUCCCUGGACGUGAAAGAACACAACGGGCAGACGGCUCUCCAGAUCGCAGUAGCCACCAAUCAACAUCUGAUCAUUUCUGAUCUUCUAAGUCACGGAGCGCAGAUCAACAUCAGGGACCUGUGGGGGCGCUCUCCUCUGCAUGUGUGCGCAGAGAAAGGCCACUAUCUCAGCCUUCAGAGCAUCUGUAAAACCCUGGCAGGGCGUGGCCCAUCAAUAGAUGUUGAAAUGUUUAACUAUGACGGUUUAACUCCACUUCACGCCGCGGUUUUGUCUCACAACGCUGUCGUUAAGGAAGUGAGACACCUGGAAAACCCUUGUCCAUUCAUGAUCUCAGAGCUGGCGCACAGGAGGCGCAGGUUUGUGGAGUGCGUAAGGACUUUAAUGCACAUGGGCGCCUCCUACGGGACAAAAGAUCUGAAAAGUGGAAGGACUUGCCUUCACAUGGCUGCCGAGGAGGCAAAUAUUGAGCUGCUUCACCUUUUUCUUGAACAGCCAAUGUCUCUUGCUGUUGUAAAUGUAAAGACUUUCAGCGGAAACACGGCUCUGCACAUCGUCAGCUCUCUGCAAAAUUACAGAAAUCAGGUGGAGGCCGUGAAGCUGCUGAUGAGGAAGGGUGCCGAUUCCGGAAUGAGGAAUUUUGAAAAUGAGCUGCCGUGUCAGCUGGUGCCUGAAGGAUCGGUUGGUGAAAAGGUGCGACAGAUCCUGAAGGGAAAGUACGGUCAGGUUUAAGUAAAACUCCAGAACACUGUCAGUCAGACAGUCAGCUUUAUCAUAUUGGAAAUUUGCCCAGAAAAGGCAGAUGAUUGUUGUUUCAGUGAAACACUCCCAUGCGUUCGUUACUAUGUAAUGUGUAGACCUAUUGGGGGGGGUCUGUACUAUGAAGUGGGUUAGCUAAAGUUCAUCUAUGGGUGUCCAGACGUUGACUCCAUUUACGGCAGUGAAACUUCUGCUGGAAAUCUAAACCAGGAUCCCUUUGUCAUAUUUAGCUCUUAGCUAUAGCCACACAUUGUAUGAGAUUGAAUUUUUUGUUCUAGAGCCCAAACUUUAGUCUUUUAUUAGAGGUGCACCGAUUUAUCGGUGACGAUUUCCUUAAUUUUGGAACAUCGGUGAUCGGUCAAUUUUUACAUAUGAAGCUGAUCUUAUCUAGCUUGGCAAAGGUCUAAGAAUCAACGCCUGUCCUCUUUUGCUCUCCAGUGAGAAAGGUUUAACUGACAGACUGGCCCACCAAGUUAUGUCUGCAAGUUUAUAAUUAACAAUAGUGACCCCGUUGUUACCAACUCAACAACUUUCUUGCUAUACUGAGCAACACUUCAGACAA